AUGGAUCCGGAGCAGACCUUCAUACGAGUACAAGAGCGGUUCUCGCAGAUCCUUACUCCUAAAGUCAGAGCUGCUUUGGAGUACAUAUACCUCUUCAUAGCCAUUACGUUGUUUUGUAUUCUCGUUGUUAUGCAUGCCAAUUACGUUCAACAGCCUGGCUGUUCAAGUGAACUUUCUGGGGUUGAAACAACAGAAGCACAAAUUAUUCAAAUUAAGAUAACCAGUGCAGGAUUGUGGUCGCAGAAUGAGUCAGAGUUCACCAACGUGAUAGAUGAUGUCCCAGACACAAAAUUUGUAAUGAGGGGGAAAUUGGCAUUGAAGUCUGAUUCUGAAGUUCUGGAUCAUCCGGCAGAUAGCUCUACCAAUAGCCCCAACACUUUGCCAACAGCUGAUGAUGCAGUUAGCAAAAAUGAAAUCAAGGAGGCCCGUAGUAAUUUUCUUUUAUCUGUGAAAGAGACAGUUAAAGCAGCACUUAUUAACUUUAUCAAAAUAUGGCAAAUGCGUCCCCGCCUCUUGUCAGUGUUUCGGAAACAUGGAACACAUAUCUUCGGAAAUUUGUGGAGCAUUGCAGGUAUACAUUUAGAUCUUGAUAUUCCCAAGUGGUUGCGCAUACUUCGUUUGGACAGGGUUAACUUGUAUGCAGUGCAGUGGCUUGAGAACAGAAGCAAAACUUUUGAACCAACUUAUUUAUACACUAUGGAAAAGGGUUAUUUCUUAUUACCUGAAAGUGCAAGGGCUCAGCAUAAUAUUCGUUCUGUAAACAUUAGCAUAUCAGCUCGACAUUCUUGUUUUGGGAACAGGUGGCAGCAACUGCUUAUUAACAGAUUUGUUGGAUAUGAUACUAUUUUAAUUAAUAGUUUAUUGAGUUCUCCUGGACAAGGUUAUCUUUAUAAUUUUCAGACAAAGGAGUUCUUUAAUCUUAGUUAUGCACAAGAACCCCCAAAAGGUCCUGCAAGGUUUGGAGACUACCUCGUGACAAAGUGUGGUGUGCUUAUGAUGUCACUCUUUGUGUUCUUUACAACCACCAUGUCUGUGUCAUUCACAUUGAGAGAAACACAGACUCGCAUGCUGAAGUUCACAGUGCAGCUUCAACACCAUGCUCGUCAUCAGCUUCCGACAUUCCAGUUGAUUUUUGUGCAUGUAAUUGAAUCACUUGUCUUUGUGCCGAUUAUGAUCGGGAUUUUAUUUUUUCUGUUUGAGUUUUAUGACGAUCAGCUAUUGGCUUUUAUGGUCCUAAUACUUGUCUGGUUGAGUGAACUGUUUACACUAAUCAGUGUCCGCACACCCAUAUCGAUGAAGUUCUUUCCCCGCUUCUUUUUGCUCUACUUUCUGGUUUUCCACAUCUAUUUCUUUUCCUAUGCUUAUGGUUUUUCUUAUUUGGCUCUUUCUACAGCUGCAGCAUUUAUGCAGCAUCUCAUUCUAUACUUCUGGAACCGUUUUGAGGUGCCAACUCUACAAAGGUUUAUCCAAAAUCGACGAUCACAGCUCCAGCAACACCCAGAUUUCCACAUUACUUCAUCAACAUUCCUUGCCUCAACUUUACAUAUCACAAGAUUGAACACAAGAAAUCCUGGCCUGGUUAAUUCUGACUUGGCCUCUGGACCUGGGCUGAGAUCUGAACCCAAUCCAGCAGUGCCAUCAAAUGGAGCAGAAGUUCCUGGGCUGCAAGAACAGUCAGGUAAUGACAACCCAGACCGGGUGGGAAACCCUCAGGUUCCAGGCCAAGCUGACCUGAGUGAAGCAGAGAAUGGUCCUAACCCCGGCGCUAUGAAUCCAUUCAGUUCACUUUUGUUAUGGAUCUUAGGAGGGGCUUCGUCUGAAGGCCUCAACUCUUUUCUUUCUAUCUUCAGAGAUGUGAGAGACCAAAGACAAGUUUAUGCUGAACCCCCUAGGCAAGAAAAUCAGGAUAUACAAAGAUAG